GUAAACAACCAAGCCGGGAAAAUGGACACGACUGAGCCAUUAAAACACGAGGAUACCCAAGACAAAAUGGAUCCAGCAGUUGGAGCAUCAGGAGAUGAUGGGGACUCCCUGGGGACUGCAGCACCAGACUCUCCAAUGGGGAAACAGGCACCAGGAGAUGGCCCAAGCUCAGAGGCAUCAGAAGGUACGCAGGACCCAGAGGAUGAAUACACAGACAUCCUGGGCAACAAAACACUCCUGAAAAAGGUGUUGACAGCAGGUACUGGUCCCCGGCCCAACAUGCAGGAGCGGGUGAAGAUCAUACUGCUACAGGAAAUGCCAGAGCUAGGAACCACUCUGCCUGAACAGACGCUUGAGUUUGUCCUGGGACAGGGGGAUGUUGCGCAAGCAUUGGACCUUGCUGUGGCUCUGAUGAACAUAGGAGAGAAGGCCCAGGUCAUUUCAGGCUACCAGUACAUGUAUGGCGAGGUUGGAAUGCCACCUGAUGUUCCAGCGAAGACCAACUUCAAGCUGACAGUCACUCUCUUGUCUAGCGAGGAGAUAGACUAUGGAAAGAUGGACUUCAAGUCAAAAUAUGCAGAGGCGGAGAAAAAGAAGGAAAGGGGGAAUUAUUACUUCAGAAGGAAGGAGUUUGAACGAUCCAUCAACUCAUAUUCGUUUGCGUUAAAGGUGCUUGAGCCAGAGAACUUGAGGAAAGAAGGGGCAGACAACCUGCAGAAAGCCCUUGAGUUCCGGGCCAUCGUACAGUGCAAUAACUCAGCUGCCUUCUUCAAGCUUGAAGCUUAUGAACCAGCCCGGAAGGCUGCUGAAGAGUCCAUCAAGCUCCUGGCAUCUCACACCAAGGCCUACAUCCGAUUGGGGCAGGCCCAAGAGAAGUUAGGGAAUGCUGACAAGGCCAUUGUGGCUUACAAAAAGGCACUGGAGCAGGAUGCCACUAAUAAGUGGCUUCACUCCGAGUUGUCCCGCCUUACAAAGGUGAACCACAACAAGAAGAAAGAUCAGCGGGAAAUGUACUCCAAAAUGUUCUGGGGAUCAAAUCCCCCAGACAUGUCCAAUAGUGGGAAAGCUAAACCUUCAAAGGCAGAGCCUGUGAAUUGGUUGAAACUUGGAGGACUUGGCUUUAUUGGCUUCAUCCUUACUGGGCUGGCAAGCUUUGGCAUUCAGCGCUACCUCAACCAGUCCUAGUCACAGGUCAAAUGAUAGGUAAAAAGUGAUGUAACAGGUACCAGGGACUGUUAAAAGAAAUAUCUGCUAGACAAUGAGUCUUACUGCACAUGACCAAGCUGGAACACUGGAUAUUGACGGCACACACAAGGGACCAAUGGGAUGCAAAAGGUCACUCAUAUUUCAGCCAUUUUUGAUAUGUUAAGAAAAGGCCUAAUGAUGUGUUAAAUGACAUACAGUCAUACUAUUUUAUGAAAACAUAUUCAUGUUUUUAUUUUCUGUAUUUUGUACUGAUAUUAUGAACAUAAUGAAUAAGUGACAUGGUUGAAGGAUCGGUGCAAAUCCUAUUAGUCCUUUUCUUGAUAAAAAGAUGAACAUUUGAAAGAAUGUCUAAAAUCAUUGUCUGAAAUCAAUGAUAUUCAUAACCUAUCUAGAGUGGUUUAUUGCAUCAUUUCCAGCUUUUUCAUCAUUGACUAGUAUGUGUGAAAUAGCAAUACAGACAGGUCUUUGUGAAUAUUCGUGUGAUAUUUCUUGUGGUGCAGACCCAAGUGUCACAAGCUUGGUUUAAUGCUUGUUUGAUGUAUAGAUAUUGUUGAUAUGGUUAAUGUAUAAUAUGUUGUGUUAACAUUUUUAUAUGGAAUUAAAUUAUAAAAGACA